UAUAUGUAUAUAUAUACAUACAUACACCCCUCUGGCCUAUUUUUCCAACCGACCGCCCAACCUCUGAGGGUGCCUGCCACAGAUGGGGGCGAAACGUCAGGAGAGAGUGCUGCCGGGGACGUGUCCAGACAACUCCCAGCGACCCGGCGAAUCCGGCCGUGAAAUCCUUCGGAUGGGGAUGCGUUUCCUUUUUGGCUUCUCCGCCGGAAGAGCAAACAAUGGGCUCCCUUGGACACCGGAUGGGACGCGCUUCCUCUCCCAAAAAAAGAAAAUAAAAUUCCUUUGGAUCCCAUUCUGUCCCGUCAUUGCUCACGUCCCGUCCCGAGCGCGUCUACACGGUGGAUCUGAUGCGGUUUCGUCCCUCCGAGGCGUAGUCUCGCAAGGAGCAAGGCCCAGGUUCAUUCCCGUCCUACCUUCCUCUUGGUGACUGGAAGGAUUUCAUCUGAGAAAAAUGGCCCAGACGUCCCCUUUGGAUUCACACCUUGCAGGUGGCCGGGAGACUCACUACUCGGUGGAGACGCCCUACGGCUUCCUCCUGGACCUGGACUUUGUGAAGUACGUGGAGGAGAUCGAGAGUGGGGUGACCCUCCGGAAGGCCAAAGGGGUCAGGGGGGUCAGGGGUCACGGCCGGACCGGCGGGUGGGCGUCGGCAGAGUCCAUUUGGGGUGACGCACCGGAGGACGCGCCGGUCAGUGUCCGGACUCUGGAGAGUGACGGACACGAGGUGGACAAUGGCCGGAGUCCAAGCUCGAACCCAGCGGUCACUCGUCCCGAGACCCACGAGGCGGAGUCCUGGGUCACGGAGGUCAUGCUGGGCCUCUCGUCCGAAGCCGAGGAAGAGCGGCGGCUCCUCCAGGACACCGUCCAGCACCAGAAGGCGGUCAUCGCCCUCCUCGAGAAUCACCUCCGAGACGCGGCCGACGAGCUGGAGGAGCUGCGGGUGGCCGUCGCCGGGUGGGGGGGCCGGGCGGGGGUCGGGGCCGGCGUCCAAGUGGACCUCAGGCCGGACACAGCUGACCAAGGUGUCCAGCACUGCCCGGAGGUGGCCUCCGUCGGAGUGGGGGGCACCGGCCGCAUGGAGGACGACCCCGAGGGCGGGGGGGCACAGAGGGCGGCCACACCCGAAGAGGAGGAGGAGGAAGAGGAGGAGGUCUCGGGGGUCAUCUGGGCAGAGGAAGGGCCCGAGCCCAACACAGGAACAGCCCCGAAGUCCAUCAUGAAGAGGCACGGACUCCCGGCCACGGCCGAGCGGAAGACCCUCCAGUUCGUGGGGUUCCUGAACGGCGAGUACGAGAGCACGUCCUCCAGUGAGGAAGAGGAAGAAGAGGAGGAAGAGGCGGCCACCCGCCAAAGCACACUGGAGACAGCGUGGUUCGGGGCCUCCAGCCGGAAGGACUCCUCGGCGGAGGAAGUGUCCGUCCUCCUGGGGUCACUCUCGCCGGACACCCGGAGACGGCUCCUCGGACUCUCCGACGCGGACGGCAACACGGCCCUUCACUACAGCCUCUCCUACGGGAACUUCGGCAUCGCCCAGCUCUUGCUGGACACAGGGUUCUGUCAUGUCGACCGUCCGAACAAGGCCGGCUACACGGCGCUGAUGCUGGCGGCCCUGGCGCCCAUCCGGCGGGAGGAAGAGAUGGACGUUGUCCGGAGGGUCUUCCGCCUCGGAAACGUCAACGCCAGGGCCGGACAGGCGGGUCCGACGGCCCUGAUGCUGGCGGUCAGCCACGGGAGGCAGGACAUGGCCGAAGCCCUCGUGGCCGCAGGAGCUGACCCCGACCCGCCCGACGAGGAGGAUGACACCUGUCAAUCACACGGCCAGACUCUCACUGACCACUCUCUGGACAGUCAAGACCCGCCGGACAAGGACAACAUCACAAAGAUGACCACAUGCCAAUCACAAGGCCAGACUCCCACUGACCACUCUCUGGAUGGUCAAGUCGCCAUCCAAGACCCGCCGGACAAGGACAACGUCCCAGAGAUGACCACCUGCCAAUCACACAGCCAGACUCCCGCUGACCUCUCUCUGGACGGUCAAGUUGCCACCCAGGUCUCGCCGGACAAGGACAACGUCCCAAUUAUUAUUAUAAUCGACGCUCCGGACGACCAGACCACUCCCCAGGACCACGACAAGAAGGGGAAGCCGCCUUGCAGCGAGUGAGGAGACGUUAUAUUUUAAUACACGGUUAAAUAGAUAGAUUUAUUUCUUGGUUGUUGGUAUUGGUCUAUCCAUGGAAUAAAGAGCAAUACAAUAAUAAUAAGAAGAAGAAGAAGAAGAAAUCCAGCAUAUCUAUCUUGUUUGCUGUGUCAUAAUAAAAUAAUAAUAAUAUCUAAUA